UAUGGCUCCAGAGUAUCUGAUACGAGGGCAGCUAACUGAGAAGGCUGAUGUUUACAGUUUUGGAGUACUGGUUCUUGAAAUCGUAAUGGGCAGAAGGUGUAAUGGGUUGAUAGACUACUCCAGAUCACUUCUGCAAACAGUAUGGCGACUUUACAGAUCAAAUAGAUUGGAUGAAGCUGUUGAUCCUUGCCUGAGAGAUGAUUUUCCAGUACAGGAGGCUUCCAAGGUGCUUCAAAUUGGCCUUUUAUGCACACAAGCUUCAGGUGCCUUAAGACCAUCGAUGGCAGAAGUGGUGGGGAUGCUAAAUAGUAGUGAUUGUGUAAUUCCUCUCCCAAAUCAACCUCCUUUUAUGAAUGCGACUCUGCUAGAACCUGAGAGCUCCAGAAGGUCUUACAGCGCAAAUAGUUAUGUAUCAAAUGCAGCCACAAAAGUUGAAGUUUAUUCCUACACUUCCUCGGAGUCCUCUAGCAUGAAUAGUUCAUAUAGGCCAUCAAGAAGUGAAUAAUGAAGACAGAAAUAAACCCCAACUAGAUUUCCUAUGUUUCAAAGAUUGCCAAGUUCAAAGAUUUCCUUAGAACAGUUUUUGAGGUAACCCUUGCUUGAACUUCUUGAGGUAAAAUACAGUGACUCUAGCUCCUAGUCUUUAUGGAAUCACUUGCAAGAUUGCAAGCAAGGACAUGCCAUGCAACCUUUUGUACAAAUUUAUAGAGAUACUAAAGAAGGUAUAGUUUAUGAUUAAAAACUUUUUGGUUGUGAAGAUUUACAGCAAGAGAUAAGUCUGUUAUUGAUUUA